AUGUCGUUCGCCCCGCCUUCCGGUCCCCCUCCUCCUACCGUCCCGGAGGGAUGGACAGCCCAGUUCGACGACAACUACCAACAGUGGUAUGACACACCCUUGUCUCUAUUUGACCCAUUAAACCAUCCAAGGAGGUUCUACAUCAACCUCGCAACCGGCAAAUCCCAAUGGGAAAAACCCUCCGCUGGUCCUCCUCCUCCCCGCGGGCCCCCUCCACCAGCAACAUCCCCAACACCCUCGUCGUCCUCCACCCAUCAUCACGAUCGAGACUCCAGUGCUGCACCGCCGCCGCCCUCCUACGAGGAAUCCGGACCCGCCAACCCCUCUGCGCUCGCGAGUGCCUCAGACUCAGAGAAGAAAAAGGCGCAUCUGUCAUCGAAUAAUCCCUACAGUCAUAGUAGUGACUCAAUUCCGGGGUCCAAAGCUGCAGGACCGAGCGAGGAAUCCGACGCAGAGCUCGCAGCGAGGUUACAGGCUGAGGAGGAUGCGAAGGCUCAUUCCUCGGGGACGAGGGGGGCAGCCGAUUCCUACUAUAGCAGCGGCGGCCCCGGUGCUUCCGCAGGGGACUCGUACCAACAAGCCGCAGCGCCACCAGCACCGGGAACCACCCCUUCCUCCCUCAGUGGGAGCAACAAGGGCAAAAAGGGGUUCUUCAGUAAAUUGAUGGGCAAGUCAAGCUCUAGUGGAAGUCGACCACCUCCUCCACAGCAAUACCAGCAACAACCAUCCCCCCAACCAUCCCAACCACAUUACCCCCCGCACCAAGGGUACGGGGGCUAUCCGCCUCAGGGGUAUGGGUCUGGUCCCCCUCACCAGGGCUAUGGAGGCUACCCGCCCCAGCAGUAUGGAGGUUAUGGAGGGUAUCCGCAACAGCCGCAGGGGUAUUAUUACCCUGCAAUGCAGCAGCAGCAGCAGCAGCAGCCUGCGCGACGGACAGGGGGCGGGGGGAUGGGCAUGGCCGGAGCGGCGGCGUUGGGUGUUGGUGGUGGAUUGCUAGGUGGGAUGCUGCUAGCUGAUGCGUUUGAUGACCAUGACGAUUAUGGCGGUGAUUAUGGCGGUGAUUAUGGCGGUGGCGAUUUCGAUGGUGGUGAUUUCUAG